ACAGAUUGAAAGCAUCAAGAAGCUGAAUUGGUUCUGUUCAACACCGUUGGAGCUCGGCUGGAGUUCCUACCAGAAGACGUAGAUGGUCGUUCCAGCAACCAUGAGCAGCCUGAAAUGUCCAUCGUCAAAGAGUUUGCCUGUGCGAGUUACAGCGGAGCAAGGCAGAGUUGCGAAGCAUUCCAGGCCUCACCGGCGGGGAGUCCAAUGCUAGGUGGCAUUGCGUUAGCAGAGGUUCAUUAGCGCACUGACAUCGGAAGCCGAGCUGUUGUUCAAGAACAGUCGCUGUGCGGGGUCAGGUUUCGUCGAGACGAGCCGUAAGAUUUGCUGACCGUGUAGUGGUCCUCGAGCACUCCAAACGAAAGAGACACCCCGAAGGUGGAAAACAGGAUAACGGCACUGAGCACGGUCAGAUCAAAGUUGGCUGUAGACAUUAGCCGACGUACGACCCCAAUACUGUCAGCCAUCCUUGCAACCCACCCUCCGGGAAGGUCAUCGUCGGAUUUGGAGCAUGUUCAACGACUGUACGCUCCCCGCUGUCCGUA